AUGGCACUAUGUCACACACUGGCACUAGGACAAUUCGUCGACGGACAAUUCGUCGACGGACAAUUCGUCGCGGACAAUUCGUCGCCUGGACAAUUCGUCGACGGGCAAUUCGUCGCCUGGACAAUUCGUCGCCAUCAUAAUAUUAUUAAUUGGCAGCAUUACAUAUGUGAAAAUGUUGGAUGCAAUUUCGAAUUAAGUGCUCUGUGCGAUCCCAGGUUAUUAUGGCACGGUCGGUUCCAACCGGUUAAGUUCGUUUUCCGACCAUUUCCUUGCCCCCGGAUUCCGGCCGGAAUCCGGCGGCAAAGAACCUGCCGGAACUUGCUGGAAUCGGCGAAAACUGUGCCGGAAUCGAGAAGAACUGUACCGGAACCGACUCAGAUUUCAACGGAUCCAGUCGCCGGAAUGAUCGACCUGGGAUGUAUGGGUCCAUAUGUUUCGAAAGUCUCAAACUAUGAUACACAAAUUAUUACAUACAAUUGGUGUGAUGCGGCUAAAUUGCUUGAACAGAUAACAGCUGUGAUCAAUGAAAAAGUUCGCAAUGGAGUUCAUAAACUUGUGAGCAUACGUGCUGUUCACAAUACAGUUAUGCUCAUUAAUAUGCUACUGUUUUUACUAAUGAUUGUUGCUAUCGUUAUCUGGUGUUUAUUUCAGCAUUGUCGAAGUACAGCUGUAGCGAUAAGUGUCGUGGACGAACCGCCGGCUUAUUCGAUCGAUACUCCAGCAUCGGCUAAAAAGUCUCCAGAAAAAAAUGAAGAUGGAUAUAAAGUCUAA